AUGGUCAGGGAUCGUCUCUCCUCCUACUUGGAAGAGCGUAACACUUUGGCUGACUCCAUGUACGGCUUCAGGCCCAACAAAUCUGCGCAGGACAUACUCCUACAACUACACCACGAAGUCCUCACUCCCAUAGAACACCCCCACAAUGACAAGAUCAUUCUAGCGCUUGACCUUAAGGGAGCCUUCGAUAACGUUAAGCACGAAGUCAUCCUAGCUCACCUCAGUGCCACUAACUGUGGCGAUCGCACUUUCAACUAUAUUCGAAAUUUUCUCACUGACAGAGCUGCGUACAUUCGCAUCCAAGAUCAGGAAUACGGCCCUUACCCACUGGGCACGCGAGGCACACCACAGGGCGCUGUGUUGUCGCCUCUCCUUUUCAACUUAGCUAUGGUACAGCUCCCGGCCCGGCUGGAUGCUGUCGACGGGGUAAAGCAUGCGCUUUAUGCCGACGACAUCACCCUGUGGGCCACAGACGGCAACCUGGGCAACAUGGAGGACAGCCUGCAAGCCGCAGCGCAUAUAGUGGACGAAUAUGCGGCAUACUGCGGCCUCCAAAGUUCCCCACAGAAGUCAGAAUUCGUGCACAUUCGGCCCACGCCGAAGUGCACUUCGUCCAUUAACCUUUCCAUACAUAGCGGACCCAUUAACGAGGCACAGGAGAUCCGUGUCCUUGGACUACACAUAAACAAACACCGCCGAGUAGAGACAACACUUCAAAAACUCCGUAAGGUUGGAGAACAGGUGGGCCGCAUGGUCCGCCGGGUUUCCAACAAGCGGGGGGGUCUCAAAAGCAAGGAUGCGCUUCGUCUCGCACAAGCUUUUGUCACGAGUCGCAUCUUGUAUGCGACUCCGUACCUGUACUUACGGAAACACGAUGAAGAUUUUUUGGAGGUCACCCUCCGCAAAAUCAUCAAGCGAGCCCUAGAUCUCCCCAUCUCCACCUCCAAUGCGAGACUUCUUGCCUUGGGGGUGGUCAACACCUACCGGGAGCUUCGGGAGGCUCACUUGACAAAUCAAUACACCCGCUUGGCGCAGACCCCGCCAGGCAGACGACUCCUAGAUGGCCUACACAUCAGGCAUGAAUUCCACACACAGGAGCGGGUACGAGUGCCCGAACACUGGAAAUACGCGAUCUAUGUUCGACCCCUCCCCACCAAUAUGUCCCAUGAGUCACACACUGGUCGCCGGGAGGCGCGGGCUCUUGCCCUCCGACGCCACUACGGCUCCAAACAAAGCGUAUUUUACACGGACAUCGCCGGCCCUUACCAUGGGGAUUGGUAUACGGCGGCCGUAGUCCACCAAGACAGGCAGGUGGAUGGUCUCUCCUUCCGUGCACCCAAUGCUACCCAUGCUGAAGAGGUGGCAAUAGCCCUAGCUAUCUCACAUGACACUUCCAAAACUAUCAUAUCUGACUCCAGAGGAGCCUAUCGAAAUUUCCAGCCGGGAUGGAUCUCACCCCUAGCUGCUCAAAUUCUUCGACCUUGCCCGCGGGUAGGUGACCCCUCUCCCCACUCACUAAUCUUGACCCCCGGCCAUCAGGAACUCACAGGCAAUGAGGCAGCCCACGCUGCCGCCAGCGCACUCAUUCCCCGGGCAACUGCCUCCUCCACCGAUGACCACUCUGAUCCAGAAUAUAAUCCUCCUCUUCUCACAUUUAAAGACAUAAGUACCCAUUAUCGGGACUCUCACCGCCGCUUUCCUGCGCUCUGCAAAGGGCUCAAGAAGGCGGACGAGAGAAUUCUUCUUCGCCUAUUCACGAAUACGCUACUGUGCCCGGCAGUGCUCAAACACUUUGACUCUUCCUUUUCCGGCCUCUGCCAGUACUGUGGGGAGGUGGCUGACACUUACCACAUGGCCAUGGUCCAGCGUGUCACGACAGCGGCCACGACCAAUGGGGUCCCUGAAUAG